CUCUCGCCGCACUCUCCAUCUAUGUUAUGGCGCGAAUUGUCUGCUUUGCAAGCUGUAUGUAGUACUCUCUUGGAAAUGGUUAUGAGCUCGUGGGUUUGAACUUGAUUAGCGCAAUUAGUGCACGCGAACAGUUUUUGUGCUUUACUUUAUCUUAUUAGUAAUCCUCCGGUCGAUCCCUGUGAUGGGUUUCGCUGUGAGAAUAACUGAUUGGUAGAAAGUAUCGAGAGUCGCGUUACUGCAAUGCUUAUUUCACAUUUUUCUUUUCUUUUUGUUGGUGUUUGCUCGCGCUGUGUGCUGGUGUAAACGUCACUGUGUGCAUUUGAUCACCUUAGUGAUCCACGGACUGUAGCUGUGCCGUGUACGUUUCGCGUGUUGUUUGCCUGGCGUCCAUCGCAUCGGAAUAAAAUCCAGGUGCUGUUGACUCAAUGGAAGAUGAUGGUGAUGCAGACAUUUACUUUGGCCUUGGCGAAUACCAUUCUGACAGCACAGUUGACGCCAAGGACUCGCACUCGGCGUCUGCUGCCGAAUUGGACCUUUUGGACUCUUCUGUGCUACCACGAGAAGUCUCACCUGUAAAGAAAGUCAAUCGGUCACAAGUCCGCGGAAGACCUAGUGCUGGAGACGCAGUGGAACGCGAUAGUACCACUGACACUUUAGACCUCGCUCAGUCGUCUUCCGCGAGUAAUAAUGACUCCAAAGCUUUUCGUUCGCCAAUCCCUGCCGAGUUGCACUUGGACACUUCUGUGCUACCAAGACAAGCUAACCCAGUUGGAAAGGACCACCUUCCGAAGAGUAUCGCGAGACCUCGUCCAGCGGGAAGCUUGGUUGAUAAAGGUGUCAAGCCCAGCACCUCUUUUGCAUCAACUGAUGCACAAAAGACCAUUCUUACAUUGAAAAGAGAGAAUGAGAUGCUGAGGCACAACAUUUCCAUCCUGUACAAGACGGCCAAGCACCUUGUGGACUCAAAGGAGAAAGAGAUCGUAAACUUGAAGCGAAGAUUAGACAACCUUGUGUUCAAAAGGAACCGUGGGUCGCAGAACUCGUCAAAUGCCACAGCAAGUGGAGGUGCACAGCAGCAGCGCAAUUCACCCAGUCUAAUGGCAGCACGGAGCACUCAUGAUUCUCCUCUACAAAACCCCUGCAGGAGAAACCAAGCUUUACAAAACUCACCACAUGACACUACAAGCACAAGAGAUGCACGGCAUCAUUAUCAGGAGCGAAGCGAGUCAGGGGAGUCACCUAGAACUCCUUCCACACAAAUCUCUCGUGACUCUCCCCUCCAAGAUCAUAGUUGUCAUCUACAGCCCACUAUGCCAACAAAAGCAAAGGCUGACAUGUCGGAGGACUUACAGCGGCUUUAUCAUUACAACAGCGUAAAGCCCGAGAACAGAACUGAGUUCAGCCAGGUGCCUGCAUUGGCGCUCACACCACAGAAGAAAGGAAGUGCCUCCAGAGUAGUGGUCACUCCAACAAAGUCUGCAGCACAGAUAAAUGCAAGAAGGCUUGUCAAGAAUAGCAUCAAGAAUGUAAUUGGGUCCCCCGUCAAGCAACCAAGGUCGCUGGAAGUGUACACAAAGAAUGGCUUCUCACCGCUGAAGAGGAGAAGGGCUUCUGGAAGAACUGCAUUUUCUGAGAAGCGUGGCAGUGCACCCCACAAAGACAGGGGAGAUGCUUUGAUAUCAGAAAUUCCACCCGAACGCUGGGCGUGGGAACCGCGAGUCAGGCACCCGAGGACCCCACCCCACCCUGGUAGUAGAGUUUCUGAAAGACCCCGCACGCCGCAUCAAGGCUGGCCCGAGGAAUCAAUUAAUACAUAUUACGUUUCGCCCCCACUCAGAGAGAAAACUGUUCCUAAGGGUUCCCAAGCACCACCUGAAUACCAGACAAAUACAUCGAGCAGAGGGAUCUAUCGUACUCCACCACCCAAAGAAAAGAGAAUUGUUAAAGGACCACACACACCACCUGAGGAGCAGUCGGUGCAGUGGGCUCUCGACAAAUCCGAGACUCCUCCUCUCGAAGGUAAAAUAGUUCGUGAAGUAAGGCAAACUAAACCCGAAGACCAGAGAACGGAAUCGCCUGCAACGCAGUUUAAUGUUCCCGAUAUUGGUGGACCAUCAAAAAAUGCCGUGGCGCCAAUUAGGCUUGCAAUUGGCAAGUCAUCACCAUACCGAGAGAUGGCUGCAGGGUCGGGCAGACCGUCGCUAGAAGUCCGGCCUAGGGAACGUUUGGGAAUAAAGCGCCGGAGGUCUCCUAGUGAACCGCCAGGCAACAAACGAGCGCCUGAAAACAGCUCGACCGUAGAAAAGCCUUUCAGAGAGUGCUCUCCUGGGCGCGGCUUGGUAGUCGAGAAAUGGAGAGCUCGCAGUCCACGAGAGUUCAAAGACUCCUGCAGCCUGCCAGCAAAACGGCGCAGGUCUCGUUCACGCUCCUUGUCAGCUUCACCUCCGCCAAGGCCGCGCUCUCCAAGGCAGCACUCACAAGUUCGCAGAAUAACGGUGCGUGACCGCAUUGGCGUUCGCCCUGAAAGACACAGAAUUCCAAGCCACCGUCGCCACAGCCCCGAGGAUAGAAAUGUGCGUCGCCGUUCGCGAGAGCGUUAUUCGCCCGUGCCUCGCCGACACCAUCGAUCAGAAAGGCCUGUGCGCUCACCGUCUCCAGCUCGGCUGGGAAGGACGUCUCGAAGACAGUCUUCGCCUGGAAGGAGACCAAUGAGUCCAUUGGUCAGAGAUAACGUGGCCAAAGUGAGUCCACUGAACGAGCAGCCGACUAAGAGGCCAGAAAAAAGGACAUCGAGCGUGGCUAGUAGUGUCGUGUUGGUGCAAGCGAAAGAGGACACUGGUGUGCGUCAGGAACCGGAAGUUCCGAGACCGCCUCCUGAGGACGCAGUUCCUUGUCCGCUAGAAAGUGAAUCACUGAGGACAGGCAGUGUCGAUGCUAUUGAGUCCAAGGAGCUAGCUGACGGGACAGCUUUGUGUGAUUCUGGUGGUAGUUGACUAUUGGACGCUGAUAUGUAGCUUCCUCCGCUUAUUAAAAAAGAAAGAAAAUAUUUAUUUUGUUCAUAUA